AUGGAGGUCCACAAGGGACAAAAAACAUCCCAGAUUGGAGGAGAUGACUGGAAUCGUUUCAUCAACUACAUGCAUCUCACUGGGGGUGAACUUAUCAGCUUCUCCUUCAGAAGGGAAACUCCAAGGCUGGCUGUUAUCUACAUCAACAAUGACGAACAUGCUGACCCACUUGAUGAAGCCCUCUAUGCCAAAGGAAUCAGGCUAAGCGAGGACGAAUCGGGCAACCUCUGGUACAUACUUCCUCCACGUGAUGACUACGUCGGGAUGCCAUUCGUGACCCGCCUGACAAGGACAAAUGUGUGUCGCCAUGUCAUGGGCGCGACGUGCCUACCCGUAGAAACUUCCCUGCCUCCCGCAACUGAGCCACUCCCCGCCUCCCUCUCUCCUGCCCAGAUUCGGCCGCCGCCAACAUCCCGCGCGCCGGCCGCCGCCACCAUCCCGUGCGCCGGCCGCAGCCACCAUCCCGCGCGCCGGCUGCCGCCACCUGCGCACCUGCCGCCGCCACCAUCCCCCGCUCCGGUCUCCCCCACUCUCCCGCGCACCAGCCGCCACCACCAUUUCGCGUGCCCGCCGCCGCCACCAUCCAGCGCGCCGGCCGCCUCCGUCCUUCACGCCGGCCGCAUCCGUCUGGCGACGUCGACCGUCGCGCCCCCACGAAUCCACGGCCAGCACCCUCCCCGAGCUACUCCAGGCGUGGAUCCUGCUCCCCGCUGA